AUGUGGCGCCAGCACACCGCAAGGCAAGUAGCAAAGUUCGGAGCCGCCACUGCAGCGACGGCCGGCGUGGCGUACGCGGGCUACGCGUACUACCAGCGCAAGACUGGCCGCACACCCACGGUCGCCAGCCUGUAUCCGCAAUCCCUGAUCAACUACGCCGACCCCCUGCAGACGCCGACCCCGCCGGGUAAGCGGCCACACGCCUUCUGGACGCCGCCCAAGCGCCAGGACAUGAUCAACGACCUCAAGGGCCUGCAGCGGGACGGCACCGACACCAAGACAGCGAGCGAAAAGGAAUUUGAUCUGCUUGUGAUCGGCGGCGGAGCCACGGGUGCGGGCUGCACCCUGGAUGCAGCCACACGUGGGCUGAAGGUGGCCAUGGUCGAGCGUGACGAUUUCGCAGCCGGCACAUCGAGCAAAUCCACCAAGCUGGUGCAUGGCGGCGUGCGUUACCUGCAGAAGGCCAUUAUGGGGCUCGACUAUGAGCAGUGGAAGAUGGUGCGCGAGGCCCUGCACGAGCGCAAGACGUUCCUGAACAUUGCGCCGUAUCUGAGCCACGAGCUGCCGAUUCUGCUGCCGGUCUACACAUGGUGGCAGCUGCCGUACUUCUGGAUCGGCUGCAAGAUGUACGAUCUCCUGGCGGGCAAGCAGGGCAUCUCGACCAGCUACAUCAUGGGCCGCGGCAAGACCCUCGAGAGCUUCCCGAUGCUUCGCUCCGAGGGCCUAGUUGGCUCGCUGGUGUACUUUGACGGCCAGCACAACGAUGCCCGCAUGAACGCCGCACUGGCUGUCACUGCCGCCGCCCACGGCGCCGUGGUUGCCAACCAUGUCGAGGUCACAUCGCUGAUCAAGGGCCCCAACGAGGAGGGGAAGGAGGUCGUCAAGGGCGCCAUGCUGCGCGACAAUGAGACCGGAGAGGAGUGGUCCGUGCGGGCCAAGGGCGUGAUCAAUGCCACCGGUCCCUUCUCUGACGCCAUUCUGAAGAUGGACGAGCCGCAGAUGGCCGACAUUGUCGCGCCCAGCUCCGGUGUGCACCUGGUGCUGCCGUCGUACUUUAGCCCCAAGAACAUGGGCAUGCUGGAUCCGGCGACCACCGACGGUCGCGUCGUGUUCUUUUUGCCCUGGGAGGGCGGCGUCGUUGCCGGUACUACCGACACGCUGUGCAAUGUCGAGGCCGACCCGAAGCCCUCGGAGAAGGAGAUCGAGUGGAUCCUUUCCGAGAUCCGCCGCUUCCUGUCGCCCGACGUCAAGAUCCGCCGCGGCGAUGUCCUGUCGGCAUGGUCGGGAAUCCGCCCGCUGGUGCGUGACCCCAAGGCCCAGAACACCAAGGACCUGGUGCGCAACCACAUGAUCCACACCUCCGACUCUGGCCUGAUCACGAUUGCCGGUGGCAAGUGGACCACAUACCGCGAGAUGGCCAAGGAGACCAUCGACCAGGCCAUCGACGCGUUCAAGCUCCAGCCGCUGCGCGACUGCCAGACCGAGUCACUGGUGCAGAACUUUGGCGUCGACCUGGAAGUCGCCAAGCAUCUGUCUCACAACUACGGUGACCGCGCCUGGGCCGUCUGUGCCAUGGCCGACCGCACCAGCGAGCAGUACCCGUCUGUCCGCUACGCCGUACAGUACGAGUACGCCCUGUCUGCCGUCGACGUGAUUGCGCGCCGCCUGCGCCUUGCGUUCCUCGAUGCCCAGGCCGCCCGCGACUCUCUGCCCAAGGUCAUUGACAUCAUGGCUGGCGAGCUGCACUGGGACGACAAGCGCAAGAAGGCUGAGCACCGCAAGGCACUCGAGUACCUGACCACCAUGGGUCUGCCUGACUCGAUCCUGGACGAGCCUGCCAACGUCGCCAGCGACAAGAAGGGUUAUCUGAACAUUAAGACCACUGGCGAUUUGAACUUCCUUGAUGCCGCUUCGUACUAUCGUCGCGGCGUGUUCUCGGCCGAGGAGAUUGGUGCCUUCCUGUCUGCCUUUGCUGAGUUUGAUGUCCAUGGCGACGGUCAUAUUGAGGUCAAGGAUAUCAAGCCGCUGUUUGACUCAAUCAAGGUACCGCUUCCCCAGGGCGACAUUGACGAGUACCUGAGGGCUGCCAACGUCGAUUACUCGAGCCCGGCAAACACCAUCGAGUUUGAGCAGAUCUUUGACGUGCUGGGUCAGAUCAAGGAGGCCAUCAACUCCAAGGGCCGUGCUCCCACUGGCGAGCUCAAGCUCAACCAGAUCCCGACCCACCGCAGCGGCGGUGGUGUCUAA